GAGAGUGUUAACAUGGGCCCUUUGUUGGGGUCACUUCUUGGGGUUGUGUUUUUUUCAUUUCCCCUUUUAUCUUCUCAGGCCACUCUGUGCUUCUGUCUCUGGCAGGACUGAAAGGUAUGAUGAAGCCCACCAUGGAGGCCCUGGGAGUGACCACUAUUUUCUUGCUGGUAUGCAUCUCAUGCCUUCUCUUUGUCACAUGGAGAAGCAGAUCUCAAAAAGGGAAGGAGCCUCCUGGUCCCACUGCAUUCCCCAUUGUUGGAAACCUGCUCCAGAUAAACCCAUGGAAUUUGCCUGAAAGCUUGAAAGAGCUCAGUGAGAAGUAUGGUCCUGUCUUCACGGUACAUUUGGGCCCACAAAAGGUUGUGGUGCUGUAUGGCUAUGAUGUUGUAAAAGAAGCUCUGGUUGAUCAAGGAGAUGACUUCAGUGGAAGAGGCACUCUACCACUGCUUAAAAAACUCUUCCAGGGCACAGGCAUUGUGACCAGCAACGGGGAGAUGUGGAAGCAGCUGAGACGAUUUGCACUCACCACCCUGCGGGAUUUUGGGAUGGGGAAGAAGGGCAUUGAGGAGCGAAUCCAGGAGGAAGCUCAUUUUCUGGUGGAGAGGCUCAAGAACACACAUGAGCAACCCCUGAACCCUAGCAGUUUCCUAAUCCACGCUGUUUCCAACAUCAUCUGCUCCAUCGUCUUUGGGGAUCGGUUUGACUAUGAGGACAAGAAUUUUCUAACUUUAAUUGACUGGAUAGAGGAAAACAACAAGCUCCAGGCCUCUACACAAACACAGCUAUAUAAUUUCUUCCCAACUGUCAUGGAUUAUCUACCUGGACCUCAUCAACAACUGAUAAAAAAUAUUGAAAAAGUUGAUAAAUUUACAACAGAUAUCGUAAUGGAACACCAGAAAACCCUGGAUCCCACUUGUCCUCGAGAUUUUAUUGAUGCUUUUCUUAAUAAAAUGGAACAGGAGAAAGGGAAUGAUCACUCAGUAUUCACCGUUGAGACCUUGAGCAGAACCACACUCGACUUGUUCCUUGCAGGAACAGGGACCACAAGCAUCACAAUGAGAUUUGCAAUUCUGAUUCUCCAUAAAUACCCAGAGCUAGUAGAGAAGAUGCAAAAGGAGAUUGAUUCCGUGAUCGGCCGAGACCGAAGCCCUCGCAUGUCAGAUCGGAGCCAGAUGCCCUUUACAGAUGCUGUGAUCCAUGAAAUCCAGAGAUACAUUGACUUCCUUCCCAUUAAUGUCCCACAUGCUGUAAUCAGAGACACCAAGUUCAGAGACUAUUUUAUCCCCAAGGACACUCUGAUAUUCCCUGUGCUGAGUUCUGUCCUACAUGAUAGCAAGGAAUUUCCAAAUCCAGAAAAAUUUGACCCAGGACAUUUCUUGAAUGCAAAUGGUACCUUUAAAAAGAGUGACUACUUCAUGCCAUUUUCUACAGGAAAACGCAUCUGUGCAGGAGAAGGUCUGGCCCGAAUGGAGAUAUUCAUAUUUUUAACAUCCAUCCUGCAGAACUUUACUUUGAAGCCUGUUGUGGAUCACAAAGACAUUGACAUUAGCCCAAUAGUCACCAGUCUGGCAAAUCUGCCCCGACACUAUGAGGUCUCUUUUGUUCCACGUUAGGCAAGUGAAGAGUUUCCAGCUCUCAAACUCAUGAGUGCUCUGGCAGUGAGCCAGACAGUCAUUCCCCAAUCUGUUGAGAAUGAAACACUCAGACCAUUUGGUAGAUACUUUAUGGAGAGAAGAGUGCUUAGAAAAGAAAAUUGUAUGGUGCCUUUAUAAUCACCACAGCCAGCUCUUAACAGAGUAGGCAAUCACACAGGGAAGGACACAGUACCCUGUGCAAAAUUACAGAUUCUUCUCUGCACGUACCUCACCCAGCUGUGGUUCCUGUCUGGCUCCUGACAUGCCAAGCUGUCUGCACUGGUUCUCCGAGAGCCCUGCUGCUGCUGCUGCUCCUAUCACCUGAGGGGUUCCAGCAGGAAUAGAUGCUUGUACUACACGGUUUUUACAAACUCUGCUUGAAGUACCUCUCCGUACUUUCAGUUUGUUUGUAAUCUGUUUGUAAAGGCAAACAUAAAAGAAGAGGCUUUUUGUGUUAGAUGAUAAUCUAUAGAAUUCUUUCCCCAAUACUUACUGUCUACUGUGAUGGGGAUAGAAUUUAUCAGUGACUGGGCAGACAGGUUAUCCUCUGUAAUUACAAUGAGGGUUUGUGAAAUUACAGUUUAUACUGCAAAAUAAAGAAGUAGUAUACUGAAUUGUUGCUUUCCUGAUAUUCCAGAACAUCUUUUAGUGAAAAACCAGUGUCCACAAAGCUCAUACUCCAAAAUCUCUUUCAAGUCCUGUACACAUAUGCCUGCUUCAUUUCACUCAUAUGAAACGUACUAUGGCUUGAAGAAUGAGCUGGUUAAUGAUCUAUAAAUGUCCAUUCCUAAUUUUGGAUAAAGCUGCACUGACCCCGUGGGACCCAUUAGAACCCCAAAUGUGGUUACAGAGCUGUUCACUGGGGAGAAAAAGGACAAAUUAAGUAAUACCAGGAUCCCCCC